CUCGUCGUUCAGAGUGGUGACCGUCUUUAAUUGCAUUUACACCUACCCACCAAAACGCUGAAAUGAACAAACCAGAAUUGGAACUCCUUCCCCUCUUUCCUUUACUUCUCACACUUCAAGGGCAAAGAAAUGAACAGCUCUUCUUCUUCUUCUUCUUCUUCUUCUGCUGCUGCUGCUGUUUUUCUCGCACGCUCUCGGCAUGUGAUGUUCCCGUUUCUUCAUUAGUGGAAUCCAGGUUUUGAGGUUACUGUGAUGGAAGCCAAGUCCGUGGCACUGCAAUUUCUUCUCCUUCUGCUCUCUAUGCUCGCUGUUGCUACUCGUGGACUCGCUUCCAGUGCGUUCUUUCCUGAGAAAUGUUUUAUGUUGUGAACCGAUUUGUGGAAGCUUUGUCUUGCUUGCAGACACUGAACGAGACUUGCGGAUACUUCGAUGGUUCUCUCAGUAGAGAUACAAAAGUACCUUGCCCUAUUGGUUGGGUUAUGGACCCUAACAAGACCAAGUGCUUUCUUCAUGUUGGGAGGCCUCAAUCUUGGAAUGACUCUGAAAUCUGUUGUAGUAAGUAUGGUGGACAUUUAGCUUCAUUGGCAUCACUUCAGGAGCUACAAUUUGCUCAGAGCCUCUGUGGUGAAUCUGUGAAUAGUUGCUGGAUUGGUGGACAAAGACACAACACUACAACUAGUUAUCAGUGGAUGUGGUCUGACAAUUCACCAGGGAAUAGCUCCAUAUUUCCAUUGGAAAAUGUUCCGCCCCAUUGUAAUGGAACUGGAUUAUCCUGUCAUAGAAACAAUACAGAUAAUCUGUGCACGGUAAUGACUAAUAAUUCAAACUCUCUCGUGAGUGAGAGAUGCGAUAAUCCUCACUCUUCUCUGUGUAUACUUGAUAUAGAUGCAGCGUGUAACCGGAUGCACUGCCAUAGGGAUUAUUACCUUAUCAUCCUCAUAGUAGUGAGUGCAUUGAUACUCUCCACAACAUUAGCAGUGGUAGUUUGGCUUCUUGUAUAUAAGCGGGGCAAGAAAAGAAGGCGGUCUAGAAAAAUAUCUGUUCCAGGAGCUUCUCUUCCAUCAUGGAAAGUCUUCACCAAAGAGGAAUUAAGGUCAAUUACGAAGAAUUUCAGUGAAGGUAAUCGUCUUGUUGGUGAUACCAAGACUGGUGGUACAUACAGUGGGGUUUUAUCAGAUGGUUCGAGGGUUGCAGUUAAGAGAUUAAAGAGGACAAGCUUUCAGAGGAAAAAGGAGUUUUAUUCUGAAAUUAGCAGGGUUGCUAGGCUUCGAUAUCCCAAUCUGGUUGCUGUGAUGGGAUGCUGCUAUGAUCACGGUGAUCGCUACAUUGUUUAUGAAUUUGUAGCUAAUGGUCCCUUAGAUAAAUGGCUGCAUCACAUACCUAGGGGAGGUCGUAGCUUAGAUUGGGCUAUGAGGAUGAAAAUUGCUACAACGCUUGCUCAAGGAAUUGCGUUUCUGCAUGACAAGGUUAAGCCACAAGUUGUGCAUCGAGAUAUACGUGCAAGUAAUGUACUCCUGGAUGAGGAGUUUGGAGCACGUCUGAUGGGUGUUGGUCUGUCCAAGAUUGUGCCGUACGAAGUAAUGCAUGAGAGAACUGUCAUGGCAGGUGGAACUUACGGAUAUCUUGCUCCAGAGUUUGUGUAUAGGAACGAGUUUACAACAAAGAGUGACGUAUAUAGUUUUGGCGUCCUACUACUUGAAAUAGUAAGCGGACGUAGACCUACACAGGCAGUUGAUUCCGUUGGUUGGCAGAGUAUCUUUGAGUGGGCAACACCUCUUGUGCAAGUUCAUCGCUACCAUGAACUCUUGGAUCCUCAUAUAACUUCAUCCUCUUCUAGCAUUAUCCCAGAGGCUAGUACCAUCCAAAAGGUGGUUGACCUUGUUUAUUCCUGCACGCAGCAUGUUCCUUCUAUGCGCCCUAGAAUGUCUCAUGUUGUUCACCAGCUGCAACAGAUUGCCCAACCACCUACAAAGUAAAAGCUAAUCUUGACCUCAAUUCAGAUAGUUUUUUGCUAAUACAUGUAACAGAUAUUUAUGUACUUUAACUUCCCCUUCUUUGGGAUCGAAAUUAGCUUUAAGUGGGAACUAGGGUUAGAAGAGGCAAAUUGUGCGAAACUAUCUGAAUUUUUAUACACGCAGGUGUAAUUGUACUAUUAAUGGAACUGUACUAUUGAAGAAUUGUUUUUUAGUAUAGAAGUGAUUCUUCAACAAGAGAUUAAUUUCGUUUAGUA